CAGACUGACAUUGUUGCUCCAUAUGGCUGAAUAUUAUUCUAAAGAAAAAUCCAUCCAUACCUCCUUCAAAUCCCUCUCCAUAAACACGGAACCCACCGUUAAGAAAAAACCACCCAGGAAAAGAUCCUCCCCUGUCGCAGAAUCAUGGGAAGACGAGCCUCUCUCCUCGUCAUCUUCGGAUGAAAAUGAAGACGACAUUACCCCUCCCGCCUCCGCAACUCUGAGAUCCCCAAUCACCACAAAUACCACCUCAUCAACAAGCAACAGCACUCCUUCCUCUCGAGUAGAAGUCGCCACCCACGCCCCCCCUCUGGUUUCCGAUCUUCCAUCGCCUGCUUGUACCACCCCCCCUCGUCAUACCGCUUCCCCUCCCUAUCCACGUAUUUCCAGCAUGGAAAGGAGACCAGAAAAGCAGACCGCCGUCGCGAGCCGUAUGAUCGCCGGCGCUCUGGGGAUACGCGCUCCGAAACGCACGGAGGAGCAGAGGGCGUACGAUCGGGCCAUGAGGGAGAAAGAGGCGAAACAGCGGGAGAGGCAGAGAGAGCUCGAGGAUUCAAGCCGGAAAGAAGCAGAGAAGGCGAGGGCGGCGAUUUGGGAGGAGUGAAAUCCCGGGGACGGGGCCGGGGGUUAUUUACAUGCUCUAAAUAUUCGGUUUUUAUAUAUCGGGAUUUUUCAGCAUUCGUACCUUGACCCUAUAUAUAUUCCCGUUUCGUCGUUUUGGUAGGGAGGUUAGUUUUGGAUGUUGGUCUUUCCAAUUGGUAUUACACAUAGGGGCAUAUAUCCAUCUGUUCUCGAUGGCCUGGGCCUCACCACUGUUGCACAUUACUGCUGCUAUUGAUUAUUUAUUAUGAGUUAUGACUUGAAUUCAUUCACGAUUAAUGCUUAUAACAUUUACUAAUUAUCACAUCUGUAAAUAUACAUUUUCUUGCGUUCACGGG